AUGGAAAUAUGGACAGAUGAAGAAUUGGAAGUGACGAUUAUAGGUAAAGACGUUCUUGGGGUAGCUGAAUCUGAACCCGUGGUCAUUUUGACUGCAUCGGAGCAGGAUGAAGAUCAAGUUUUACCACCUUGGAAAGCAGCCAAAUCCGGGAGUAUAUCUUUUAAAAUUCGUACCAACGAACCCAAUGGCUUGGUCAUGUACAGCAGAAGUGGAGCGCUGACUCGGCCUGAUCUCUUCGCUUUCGAAAUUCUGGGUGGUCAUCUGUAUCUGCAUGCUGACCUUGGAAGUGGACCAAUUAAGGUCAGAGCUUCAAAAGGUCGAGUCGAUGAUGGUGUUUGGCACGAUGUCGCUUUUCGUCGAGUCGAAAGAGACGGAAGAGUUACAGUCGAUGGAGCAACAAUAGAAUUUCGAACACCAGGCGAUUCGACUCAAUUGGAUCUCGAUGGAUUAAUGUAUAUCGGAGGGGUUGGUGCACCUUUUGCACCCCUAACUGUACCAGCAGUUUUGUGGACUGGAACACUCAGACAAGGUUAUGUAGGUUGCAUGAGAGAUCUUGUCAUCAAUGCUCAGCCUGUGGACAUCGCUGGAUACGCUCAACAACAAGAUUCCGGUGCUGUGAGACCUGCUUGUCAUACGCAACCCCCUCAUUGUUCUUCACAGCCCUGCAUGCAUGGUGGCCAUUGCUUAGAAGGGUGGAACAGAUUUCAUUGCGAUUGCUCUGGGACACUUUUCACUGGAGCCACGUGCGGCAAAGAUGCAUCCACCCUACACUUGAAUGGCUCCCAGCAUCUCACAGCCUUGAUGCCAGAGGAUUCGAAAACCCAAGCUGAAGAAAUUGUUUUGCGCUUCAAAACAACCAGGCCAAGGGGACUAUUAUUAGCCACUAGUUUGGAAAACAGUUCUGAUCGACUGCAAAUCUACCUCGGGGAUGGAAAUGCAAAAGCCCAAAUACGCAUCGACAAAACGGAAAAGACUUUGAUUGCUGGACAAGGUCUCAACGACGAUAUGUGGCACACGCUUAGAUUUUCAAGAAGAGCCAACUCUCUGAAACUUCAAAUAGACGAUGAGGCUGCUAUCAGAGCCGAAGCGCUUCUGAACAAAGAUAGCGUCUUGGAAUUCCGAACUCUUCACGUUGGUGGUUAUCUUCAUUCCGGAGAGGAAAUGCCACACUUUAUUGGUCAGCUCCAGCAGGUCUGGUUCAACGGAUAUUCUUAUUUGGAAAUCGCCCGAAGCGCUGGUUCGCAUCAAAAUUCACACCAGGGUGUAACUCCCAUAAUCAGAGUUACAGGAAAGUUUGGAAAAAGAAACCAUCCCGUCCACCAUCCAGUUACAUUUACUUCGAAACAUACUUUUGUUGGUCUGCCUGUUCUCAAAGCUUACGUCGAAACAAACAUCUACUUUCAGUUCAAGACUCGAGAAGCUAAUGGCCUUAUCCUCUUCAACGCUGGUCGUGAGAGGGAUUUCAUUGCUGUGGAAUUAGUGAAUGGUCACAUUACCUACGUUUUCGAUUUGGGUGAUGGGCCUGUCAAAAUUAAAGACACGUCAAAAACGAGACUCAAUGACAACAAAUGGCACGCUGUCAGUAUAGGUCGACCAGCUCCCAAAAGACACACCCUGGCUGUUGAUGAUCACAUCGCUGUAAUAAACAGUCAAGGAAGCAACGAAAAUCUCGACCUGGACGGAAUUCUCUAUAUAGGAGGAGUCGAGAAGUCGCAAUACGUUCAGCUUCCAAAACACAUCGUGAGUCGACAUGGAUUCGAGGGCUGCCUGGCGUCCUUGGAUCUCAGUGGCGAAAGUCCCGACCUUAUAUCUGAUGCAGUAGUUCCAAGUUCCUCCGUGGAAUCAGGCUGCGAUGCAAAUGUCAGUCUGCAUCCUGGCAAAAAGUGCACCCAUGAUGUUUGCGCCAACCAUGGCACCUGCGUCCAGCAGUGGAACAGCUACACCUGCGACUGCGACAUGACCAGUUUUUCGGGUCCACAUUGCAGCGAUGAAUCUGUGGCAUAUGAGUUUGGUGCUGGAAGAGGAAUCAUCACCUACACUUUUCCACCAGAUCGCAGGCCAGAAAUGCAAAGAGAUACAGUUGCAAUGGGAUUCGUCACUGGACUCAGCGAUGCAGUUUUAGUCCGGAUAGAAUCUGCGUCCAGCAACGACUACCUCGAAAUUGAAAUUGUGGAAGGAAACGUUUUCGCGGUUUACAACAUGGGAACGAAUGAUCAUCCACUGGGAGAAGUAGGAAUUAAAGUUAAUGAUAACCAAUAUCACGUUAUCAGGUUCACAAGAAGUGGAGCAAACAGCACCCUGCAAGUAGACGAUUAUAAUCUCCAGUCCAAUCAUCCGUCCGGUCACCAAUUGACAGUUUUCAAUAGUCAAGCGACCAUUCAAGUAGGAGGACGCUGGAAUCGAAGUAGGGGAAGAGUGGAGAGGCCAUUUUUAGGUGUAAUUUCUGGAUUGGUGGUAAAUGGUGCAAGAAUUUUGGAAUUGGCAGCUGCAAAAGAUGGCAAGGUGGCAACUAGAGGGGAUGUCCAAUUACUGCCAUUUGGCAGUUUAGUCGACAAAGCAGCUCCAUUGCAAAGGAUGCAGCAAACACCCGCAUCCGGAUUUCCGGGAGUGAUGGACGACCUAAUAUUCUCCGGAGCCGGAAGUGGCUGUGCAGGAGACGACGAGGAUGAAGAAUGUACCCCUAUCGUUGAUAAUGGCUCCGAUGAUCUGAUAACGCCAGUCUAUGUUGCACCAACGAGGUCGCCAGCGACAUUCAAACCCAAGGGCUACAAAAAUAAGGACAAUAUUCAAGUUAGGCCUUCUUGCGACGACGAAGAAGAAGAUUGUGAAGAAGGUUCUGGAGACUCAGGAACAACCGAAGACAUUUUCGUCACCUCUGCCACUGAUUCGAGUCCGGUGACGUUUACUACACAGAAGGAGGUUCCAACAAGCCACAUCAGCACUGUGUCUUCCACGGGAUCGACAUCGUCACGAGGUGUUGUCACUGUGCAGGUUAAUUCUGCCCAGUACAAUGUUUCCACCCCCGGCACUGAGACGACCCAUACCAGCACUGUGACGACGCAACGCCAGCGGACAUCGACGGUGACGACGACGUCGGCAACGACGGAGAUGACGGAACGUCACACUCCAAUUCCGCCUGGCACUGGCGAGACAGACUUCAAACCUUUCAUCACAAUGCGUCCAAAGGUCAUAAAUAACAACAACAAGAGGAUAAAUUCCGAGGCGGCAGAAAAUGCCGCCUUAAUAAUUGGGAUAAUUGCUGGAGCUUUGAUAGCAAUCGUUCUCAUAAUCCUGAUAAUCCUCAAGUUCAAAAAUCGACCCGAGGCCAACUACAAGGUAGACGAGGGCAAGACCUUCUGUCAAGAUCCGAAUGCAGCUCUUCUGGGAGCUGCAGGAUCCAAUCAGCCGUACAAUGGUGCCUUGAAAAAUGGUGCCAAUGUCAAUCGAAACGGCAAAAAACGGGAGGUCAAAGACAUUAAAGAGUGGUAUGUGUAAAUUUAUAUCAACAAGUGAGAAAUCGAAAGUCGAGUUCCUCGACCUGAGAAACGAGAGGAAGCGAGCCAAGACUGACUGAUAGGAGAAGAAAAAAAAUAAAAGUAAAAAUAAAAUACUGAGAAUGGAAGAACAAGGCGAGGGUUACAAUGAAGCGUAUGAGGAUAAGAAAACGUUUGCUCCUAUAGACAAAAUAACGUAGGGCCUUUCCUUUUUCUAGAACUAAACGCAACCUCGACACACUCGAUUCAACGGGUUUCAGAAUUGUAUUUCAGAAUUUUAAAAAGUGCAUUUUGUAAGAUGGGGUGAGAAACCUUUUAUUUUUAUUUUUAAACAGAAGUUGCUCUCUAAAGAAAAUUCUCUUCAAUUUUUUUUUUUAAUUGACUCUGAUUUAUAUCACUUCAAAACAGGGUGGCCCUUUUAAGGGCAUGUGACACAGCUAAAUACC